GCACACCUCCUGUUUAUGCAAUCAACACAGUGUAUUUAGAGUCCUUCUCCAACCUGGACCUCCAGAGCAGCCUCUGAGCCUCUGCUGACGUUGCAGAGCUUCGCCUGGGCGCACAGAUACACCCUUGCCCAAGUUCUGCCACGGGAUCGCACAGCAUUGGCAAGAGGUGGCCACAAACUGGGAAGAGACUGCUAUUUUGUUCAGGUACCAGUGCUCAGGAAACUGACCUCCAGCCCAUCUGCAGAAGCAGAGGGACAUCCAGGAGGCCGGCAGGGAGCUACUCUGGGGAUCACGUGGGGAAGGGGAAGCAAAUCCUCAGUGAGGGCUGGUCUCCUGCCAACACAGCUCUGGUUGCCUCUCCACUCAAGUUCAAGCAGCUGUGCCUCAGGGCAGGACCAGCAACAAGCUGGUCAGUGGCUGCUCAGUGGCUGCUCGGUGACAUCAGCUUGGGUGGCUCCAGCCAGCCCAGCCUUGGGCACCACACGCUGAUGCCACUGUGAUGACACAAGGGCACCACAGUGAUGUCUGAGCGUCUCCCACCGGAACCCCCGCGCAGUGCCAGCAGAUUUCCCUUGCCAGCAGGUAGGGCGAACACUGGCUCGCCGCACAAAUGGCUGCACGCGCAACCUUUGAUCAAUGCGAGACCGGGCACAUUGAAAUGGAAGCUUUUGCUUCUGAUCUGGAGGAGCUGGCCGAGACCUCCAGCUCCACUUCCACUGACCCAGCAGGACAGGACCAAGCACCAGCUGGCCAUGCAGCUGGAACACCAAUGCUGGAAGAACAGGGUUCACAGCGGUUUCCCGAUGAAGAGGAAUCCAAAGGUUUACCUCUGAGAUCCUCUGAGGAAGGCGCUGGCCAAGCCAGCAGCUGCUCGCCACUCAGCUUCCCGCAGAAACUCUGGGUACUGGCCGAAAGUGAGCAAGUGAAGAGCAUUCGGUGGGGCCAUGGAGGAAACUGCAUCGUGGUCGAGGAAGAACGGUUCAUGGAGGAAGUCCUGGCCAAGGAAGCGCCCGUGAGAGCCUUUGGGUGUACAAGCGUGAAAAGCUUUGUUCGCCAGCUCAACCACUACGGCUUCACCAAAGUGCCACGGGACCUGGAAAGAUCUCCGUCCCUUCCUGAGUUUCUGGCUGAGGAAGAAGCGAUUGCUGCCGGUAGGAAGCUACUCCUCUACUCCAGCCCAUUCUUCAGAAGAGAUUACCCGUGGCUGCUGGAGCGCUGCAAGCGCAGAGCGGCCCACAAGAGAAAAGCCGUGGCUGCCCCUGCGCUGCAGGAGAGUGGGAACGAGAGCCCCCAGAGGAGCAGCCCAGAUGUCCGGCCCACACAGGGAGCGGCCGCUGGGCCAGCGAGGAACCUGCAGGCAGCAGAGCACCAAGGCACGCAGGCAGCAUCGCCCUUGGGGCCCGCGCCAGCCAAGCGCCCUAAGAAUGACACCCUCCGAGCCCAAGGAGGCGAUGCUCACAUCCUGCCAGGCCCUGCUGCUGCACCAGCACUGGAACAGCACCAGGCUCUGCCCUGCUCUGUGCUGCCACCGAGCAGCAACCACGUGCUGGGUGCCACUUGCACUCCACCACCACAGGGCACUCUGCCCUUUGUGGUCCCUACUUUCACACCAGGCCAUCCUCAGCAGGAGCUCCCGCAGCCCCCAGAAACACCACAGCUGCAGGCUCCCUGGGACGCCCUGACUUUCCUUGGCUCCUGCUUUGCAAUGGCCAUGAGGGCAGCAGCCAUGAUGAUGCCACCAGGCUGGCAGCCCCGUGCAGCCCCGCACUGCCCAACGUGCACCUGCAGCCAGCACCAGGCAGCCCCGCACUGCCCAACGUGCACCUGCAGCCAGCGCCGGGCAGAUGCAGGACAUGGGAUGGGCCCGUAGUGCGGGACCCAUUGCAGGCAGUGCCACAGCCGCCCCUCCUUACUCGUUCCUAGUUUGUUGCUCAUAGGCGCGUAGUUUCGGAAAUAGCAUGUUGCAGUUAUUACCCUUCUCAGUUCUCAUGCCCCUCUGUUUAUGGAUUUAUCAAUUUACUCGUUCAGUAUUUCUGGAAAUAAAAGGUUUGAAUAUUAAA